CUGACGACGUAUCAUCCGUCGGAAUGACGUUAGAGAAAGGUUAAUCAGCUGAUUUUCAGCGAAUAAAAAAACAAAACAAAACACGGAUUUAUGUGUGAGAAAACGCUUAAAUUGGACUGAUAGCGGAUGAUAUUCUGGUUGAAUUUUGUUGACAUGUUAUAUUUAGACCAACAUCAUGGACAAGAUUUUGGAGGGCCUGGUCAGUUCCGAUCACUCUGUGCCAGUAAAAAGAGCCAUCGUGAAGAAGGUCAUGGAGGCAGCAGAGAAGGAGGUGACAGAGGAGCAGUGUCAAGCCUUGUUCACACUCACCACCCGUCUCAUCCUGCUUGGUGAAGAUGCUUUCCAGAAGCAGAUUGGCCUCCAGGUUCUUGAUGCCUAUGCCCGCUACCACCGGCCAGAGUUUGAGCAUUUCUUUAAUAAAGAAUUUGCUCUCAGUUUGCUCCAGCAGGGCCAUGGGCAGCUGGACCACAGAGACCCGGCUAUAAUAGACUACAUUCACUGCUGCCUGCGGCUGCUCAUCAGCUGCCCCUCUGUGCUGGAAAUCUUCAGUGUGAUCCAAGUGGAGGUUUUAAGGAUGGUGUGUGAACGCCCUCAGCCUGCUUUCUGUGCCCAUCUGUGCACUCUGCUGUCAGACUUCAUGCAGUGCAUCCCGAGGGACAAGUCGGGCGUUUUGUUCUGUCAGCAGCUCGUUCGGACUAUCAGCUGCUUUCAGUGUUUCGCCAGCCAAGAGAGAGAACUGAAAGAGUAUGUGGAGCAGGUAACCAAGGUUAGCACGCUGCUGCAGAACAUCUGGAAGGCUGACCCAACCACUCUGUUGCCUUCACUGCAGGAAGUUUUCACUAUCAUCUCUUCCACAGACCCGUCCUUUGAGCCAUCCAUUGCAUUGGCCAGUCUGGUCCAGCACAUCCCUGUCCAGAUGAUCGUGAUGCUCAUCAAGAGUCUCACCACAGACCAGAACGUCCGAGAUGGAUGCAUGACUCAAGCACUCUGCAGGAUAAUUGACUGGUUGUCUUGGCCUUUGGCCCAACAUGUUGAUACCUGGGUGAUCGCUCUGCUGAAAGGACUGGCUGCAGUUCAGAAGUUCACUAUUCUCAUAGAUGUCACUCUGUUGAAAAUUGAACUGGUUUUCAGUCGUCUGUGGUACCCCAUUGUGAGACAGGGGGCGCUAGCUGUACUUUCCCAUAUGCUGCUGAGUUUCCAGCACUCACCUGAGGCCUUCCAUUUGGUUGUUCCACGUGUAGUGGAUCUCGUCAAGUCUCUGAAGACAGAUGGGCUCCCCACCAGUAAAGCUUUUUUGCUGCAGUUUACUGAGCUCAUGCACUGUAUGGUGUAUCAGUACUCUGGCUUCCCUGACCUCUAUGACCACAUAUUAGAAGCUAUCAAGGAUCUCCCGAAACCUUCAGAAAAGAAAAUGUUGUUGGUGUUGAAUCAAAGUGCCUGGACAUCCCAGUCUAAUUCAUUUGCUUCUGGUAUUUUGAGACAAGCUGGAAAGUCUGAGACAGGCAAGACAGGUCUGAUCAACCUUGGGAACACCUGUUUCAUGAACAGCAUCAUCCAGACCCUCUUCAUGGCCACAGAUUUUAAGAGGCACGUUUUAGCCUUGCAUAUAAAUGCCUCCAACACUCUGAUGAAAAAGCUUCAGCUCCUCUUUGCUUUCCUCGCUCACACACAGAGGGCAGCAUACGCUCCCAAAACGUUUUUGGAAGCUUCUCGUCCUCCCUGGUUCAACAUGGGCUCGCAGCAGGAUUGUUCCGAGUAUCUCAGAUUCCUUUUAGACAGGAUGCAUGAAGAGGAAAAAACGCUUCAGGUUCUGGAAUCUACUAAACCAAAACUUGCUCCUUUGGUUGACGCAAGCAGCAAAGACCCAACAUGUCUGACUUCUUCCGAGGAACACAAGGAGUCAUGUUUGACUCGAGCAGACUCUACACCUGCUGAUGAUCAAAGGACUUUAAUAGAAAGGAUGUUUGGUGGAAAGCUGAUCACAGGCAUUCGCUGCAUGCAGUGCAACUGCAUCUCAGAGAAAGAAGAGCCUUUUACAGAUUUAUCUUUGGCCUUUUGUCCGUCUGCCUCUUCUCAAAACAGUCAUAAAUCCCAGGGGCCCUCAGAGGAACCCAAAGUUCUCUGUCAGGGAUCUGUCAAUGGUGGCAGUGAAGCUCCUGAGCCAGACUCAGCCAGCUCUCUGGCUACUAGUAUUCAAUAUGAGCCAGUAACAAAUGAGAAUCCUCUUUCUGUGCCUGAUCUGGUGAACUAUUUUCUGGCUCCAGAGAUCCUUGAUGAAGACAAUGCGUACUUCUGUGAGACGUGUGGCUCCCUCCAGAGGGCAGAGAGGACUCUGAAAGUGGUUUCCUCACCUGAAUACCUAAUCCUCACACUGCUGCGAUUCUCCUAUGAUGCCAAAUGUCAUAUCCGUAGGAAGAUUCUAGACAACGUCACCAUCCCACCAGCCUUGAUACUUCCCGUUCAUACCCCUAGUACACCUGCACUGUGGCCUUCCGCCUCCUCCUCCCCUUUGCAAGUAGAUUCUCCCGAAAGCAACGAGAAUCUGGCCAAGAAACUCAAACCGUCGCAGGGAGAAGAGGAGAGGGCGAGGAUCAACGAAGAAGAGAGAAACAGAGCUGGAGGAACGCUGGUUCAAUCUGUGCCCUAUUUGCUAAGCUCAGUGGUGGUGCAUUCUGGGAUAUCAUCAGAGAGCGGACACUACUACUCAUAUGGUCGAAACAUCAACGGAGCAGAUGGAGCACAGCAUCCUUCCUGUCACUCAGCUGUCGGAGAGGAUCUGGCCACAUGUAACCUCUGCACACCUGUACAAGGUGACAUACAAACCUCCAGUGGUCCUGAGGCGAGAGAGUGGCUGCUUUUCAAUGACAGCAGGGUGACGUUCACGUCUUUACAGUCAGCACAGAACAUCACCAAACGCUUCCCCAAGGACACAGCUUAUGUGCUCAUGUACAGGAAACAGGAGCAGAACUUGAACAGGGGGGUGGCAAAUGGGAUGACGAUAAGUACUGAGCCACCUCUUCAAAAAGAACUGCUGGAUGCUAUUAUCAAAGACAACAAGCUGUAUUUACAGGAGCAGGAGCUCAGUGCUCGUACCCAAGUUCUUCAGGCCUCUUCGUCCUCAUGCUCAUUCAGGCCCAACGGUUCAGAUGACAAUAACCCACCUGGAAGCUGUGGCCCAUCUGGGGGGGGCGGAGGGGGUGGGGGCUUCAACACCAUUAGCAGACUGGUGUUCUGAGAGGAGAAGACAAAAAAAAAAAAGUAGAACCCAGCCGAUAUAUCAGUAGGACUGAUAUUUUAGGCCGAUAUAGGCGUUUGGGGACAUAUCGGUAUUGGUGACAACUGUACCAUUAUGCGUCGAUACAAACACUGGGAACAAGUCGUGUCCUUGCUUUUAAAAGGCAUAAUUGCACCAUGUAUCCAGCAGACGGCGCAUACGGACUACUUUCAAGUCAUGCCUACUUUAACUUUCAGUACAGCCGAAGCAGGGAAUGGUGUUAUGGUAUGGAGAUGAUAAUUUUAUUGCAACUGAUCUGUAAAUUAAAUUAAAU